AUGGCCCAGCCGGAAGGAUCGCCGGGGCCCCCCUCCCUGCUCGCUCUGGUGUCCGAGGAAGCCCCCCGAGGGGACGACCCCUGCUCGGAUCUCUACGGCUUCCCUGCCGGAGAUGCCUUCGGCCAGAGGGCCUUCGCUCCGGCCCCAGGCCUCCCUCUCCUCUCUUUGGACGAUGGCGACCCCGAGGAGGAAGAAGAGGAGGAGGAGGAGGAGGAAGAGGAGGAAGGUGGGCCGGUGAGGAGGGCUCCGCGGCCGGGCCGACCCAAGAGAAAGCGGGUCAUCACCCACGCCCAGCGCCAGGCGGCCAACGUCCGCGAGAGGAAGAGGAUGUUCAACCUCAACGAAGCCUUCGACCAGCUGCGGAAGAAGGUGCCCACCUUCGCCUACGAGAAGCGCCUCUCGCGGAUCGAGACCCUGCGCCUGGCCAUCGUCUACAUCGCCUUCAUGGCCGAGCUGCUGGACGGCUGCGGCAAGCAGGAGGCCGGCUAG